GUGACUCCACACCACUUCAGAUGUCAUCUAGUGACUCCACACCACUCCAGGUGUCAUCUAGUGACUCCACAUACCAGCCAAUGUCAUCUAGUGACUCCACAUCCCAGCCAAUGUCAUCUAGUGUCUCAACACCUCAACCGAUGUCAUCCAGUGACUCCACAUACCAACCGAUAUCAUCUAGUGACUCCACACCCCAACAAAUGUCAUCUACUGACUCCACACCUGAACAAAUGUCAUCUAGUUACUCAACACCUCAACCAAUGUCAUCCAGUGACUCAACACCUCAACCAAUGUCAUCUAGUGACUCCACAUACCAACCAAUGUCAUCCAGUGACUCCACAUACCAACCACUGUCAUCCACUGAUUCCACACAACAACCGAUGUCAUCUAGUAACCCUACGUCACCAAUGUUUUUGACAGACUCGACAGUGUCACCAAUGUCGUCUAGUAAGUCGACACUAAUGUCUAAUGGCUCGACACCAACGAUGACAUCGAGUGGCUCAACACCGACAAUGUCAUUUAAUAGCACAACUUUACUACAAAUAUUAUCUAGUGUCUCAACAACAUCCUCGUCAAGUGGCCCACAAAUAACAUCCAGCGACUCCACCUCAGGAAUAUCCUCUAGUAACUCAACACCUCCACCGAUGUCACCUAGCGACACAACACAACCCCAAAUGCCAUCUAGUGAUACAACACCACAGCAAACAUCUUCUGUCUCAAACGUACAAGGGACAAGCACCGCCUACAUGUUUACGAACCAAACGGAUAGCCUGCAUGACUCAGUAUCAAACGAUUCCUCCAUUCAAGUAAAUGCCUCGCUUGUGUCUACUACGCCUGACACGUUAACAAUUGGUUCAUCACAGGCUCCGUUAUCAUCUCUGGCACCAACCAGUGAGGCAGCAUCACAGGUGAUGUUUAGUGGUAGUACACAACUGGCGUCUAGUGACUCAACACUAUUCUUCUCUAGUGGAUCCACACAAUCCUUAACAACGAGUGACUCAACACAACCAACACUGUCAUCUAGUAGCACUACACUAUUACAAAUAUUAUCAUCUCAGAUGACAUCAACUGACUCAACAUCACCGAUGACAUCCAGUGGUACAACAUCACCGAUGACAUCAACUGACUCAACAUCACCGAUGACAUCUAGUGGUACAACAUCACCGAUGACAUCUAGUGACUCAACAUCACCGAUGAUAUCAAGUGGUAUAACAUCAACGAUGACAUCUAGUGGUACAACAUCACCGGUGACAUCUAGUGACUCAACAUCACCGAUGAUAUCAAGUGGUAUAACAUCAACGAUGACAUCUAGUGGUACAACAUCACCGGUGACAUCUAGUGACUCAACAUCACCGAUGAUAUCAAGUGGUAUAACAUCAUCGAUGACAUCUAGUGGUACAAUAUCACCGCUGAUAUCUAGUGGCUCAACAUCACCGAUGACAUCAACUGACUCAACAUCACCGAUGUCAUCUAGUGGUACAACAUCACCGAUGACAUCCAGUGGUACAACAUCACCGAUGACAUCUAGUGGUACAACAUCACCGAUGGCAGCAUCACAGGUGAUGUUUAGUGGUAGUACACAACUGGCGUCUAGUGACUCAACACUAUUCUUCUCUAGUGGAUCCACACAAUCCUUAACAACGAGUGACUCAACACAACCAACACUGUCAUCUAGUAGCACUACACUAUUACAAAUAUUAUCAUCUCAGAUGACAUCAACUGACUCAACAUCACCGAUGACAUCCAGUGGUACAACAUCACCGAUGACAUCAACUGACUCUACAUCACCGAUGACAUCAACUGACUCAACAUCACCGAUGUCAUCCAGUGAUACAACAUCAUCGAUGACAUCUGGUAAUACAACUUCGUCAUCGCCAACAACUGCAGCACCUAUUUCCAGCAGUACUACCACCACGCAGCCAUUGAGCACUGGCCAGCCGUCCACAAAUUCUACCCUGACCACAGGUCAACCUCCACUGACCACCACAGGAGGCGUCCAAGUGAUUACAACUCAGUCCUGGGAUUCUGGAGCAUUCAGUAAGUAGAUCUAAGCUGAGUUUAGAAACCACAUGAUAGGAACCAGCUCUGUUGUUGCGGAAUUAUACAAUAUAUACUUUAAGACUGAGAUUAAAGCCUGUCUAGACACAAUUAUAAUAUCUUUUCAAACCUACUAGAAUUAGUACUAUAGUAUACACAUAAGGAGAAAAGAGAAGUAUAUAGACAAUAGAUCAGUCAUUUAGGGUAAGGAAAAAGCGAGAGGGACAGACAAAAACAACAGGAGAAAUGAAAGUAACCUGCGGACCUGUGGGCCAUCGUGGCGGUCUCCAGCCUCUCGUAUACAUGAUUUAAAACAAAAAACAACAAACAUAACAACCCCCCCAAAAAAA